AUGACCGGCGAUGAGUUGGAGGCGUCUGUGAGGAACCUCGUUGAGCAGACAACGCUGAAGUGGAUCUUCGUCGGAGGCAAGGGUGGUGUCGGCAAGACGACGUGCAGCUGCUCACUCGCUGUUCAGCUGGCCAGCAGAAGGAGCAGAGUGUUGUUGAUUUCCACCGACCCUGCUCACAAUAUUUCAGAUGCCUUUAGUCAGAAAUUCACAAAGACUCCGCAGAAGGUGUCCGGAUUUGAAAACCUUUUCGCCAUGGAGGUCGAUUCGAACGCCGUUGAAGGUUCUGCACUACCGGGGUUGGAACAGCUGGCGAAUGAUAAUGGUAGCAUAGCGUCAAUGGGACGGGAGGUCCUUCAGAAUUUGAUUGGUGGUAUGCCUGGAAUCGAUGAGGCGAUGAGCUUCGCUGAAAUGCUUAAGUUAAUCAAUUCUCUUGAUUUUGACGUUGUCGUGUUCGACACAGCUCCAACCGGCCACACAUUACGUUUGCUGCAGUUCCCCGUGAUUCUGGAAAAAGCUUUCACUAAAUUCCUGUCUCUUCAGUCUUCUUUUGCACCGAUGCUCGGACAGCUUUCUGGAUUGCUCGGAAUGGGAGAGCUGUCGUUGGAAGAAACAAUGAGGAAAUUUAACGAGACUCUUGAGCAAGUCAAGCGCAUGAACGCAGAGUUCAAAAAUCCGGAUCUGACCACAUUCGUGUGCGUGUGUAUUGCGGAAUUCUUGUCCUUGUACGAGACCGAGCGACUAAUUCAAGAACUCACCAAGCAGGUAUGUCCUAUUCUGCUUCAGCACUGUGUACAAUGUUCAUUUUUACUGUUUCCCGAUACAAACGAUGGAUGUAUUCAAUGUAAGAAAUGUCAAGCCCGUUUCCGCAUACAGUCCAAAUAUCUCGGGCAGAUCGCGGAUUUAUACGAAGAUUUUCAUAUUACGAAACUCCCACUUCUUGAUGAAGAAGUACGCGGCCCCGAACAAAUUCGAACAUUCAGCCGAAAUUUGAUCGUGCCAUAUACCGUUGCAGGAACUAAGGGCAAAACCUAG